UUACCGGCUCAAUCAGAAAUCAAAGCGGAGGCUUGCCCGAUCCAGUCCCGGGAAGACUGAAACUAGGCGACCGCUGGUGGCUCCUCUGGAAUUUCUACUGACUGGAAACCUCCAAGUCUUACCCAGCCGAGUCGCGCCGUGAAACGGGAUCGAGUCGCAGGCGCUGUCGUUGUGGGCGAGUUGCCAACCAAGAACAAGCAAAAGUUUCGAGUCCGCAUAUUACUGCGGCUCUUCGCCUGCAUGGCGGCAACCCGAUUUACCAGGGCGGCGAGGCCCCUUGGCCGAUCCCUGGCCGCAUUCAGCAACCCCUGCCCCGCCGGCCGGCAACGCUUCACUACCACACUUCUUCGGCGCGCUGCGGCCGGCAACGGCCAGGGUCCUCGCACCGCCUCGGCAUGGGCGCUUCCGGGCGUUUAUGCCAUUGCCGCCGUAGCCGGUUUGCUUGGCUGGGCAGCUUCCGAACUCAGGCAUCGGGGACUCCCCGGCACCGUGAGGCUGGAUGGCGCAUUUCCGGUGUUCCAAUAUGCAAGCAUGCGCGAGAUGGAGCAGGCCCUGGAGGAGAUCCGACAAGAGCUUGGAGGCGAGGACAUUAUCUCGACUGAUCCCGAGGACCUGCAUGCCCAUGGUUAUUCCGAGUGGUCGACAACCAACCCGGAAGGGCUGCCAGUCGCAGUGGCAUACCCGCGAUCAACCGAUCAGGUGUCGACUAUCGCGCGCAUCUGCCACAAGUACUGCGUGCCCAUCAUCCCCUACUCCGGAGGCUCUAGCCUUGAGGGCAAUUUCUCUGCCCCGUUCGGCGGAAUCAGCGUCGACUUCGCCUUCAUGGACAAGAUUGUCCAGUUCAAUAAGGACGACAUGGACGUCGUGGUCCAACCAAGCAUCGGCUGGCAGGAUUUGAAUGAGCAGCUGUCCAAAAUGGGCAGCGGGUUAUUCUUCCCUAUCGACCCAGGGCCGAGUGCCAAGAUUGGCGGUAUGAUUGGCACCAACUGCUCCGGCACGAAUGCUGUCAAGUACGGAACCAUGAAGGAUUGGGUUAUCAAUCUCACUGUGGUCCUGGCUGAUGGCACCGUCAUCAAGACAAGGCGGCGACCACGCAAGUCUUCAGCGGGCUACAACCUCAACGGCUUGUUCGUUGGCUCCGAGGGCACCCUCGGCUUAGUGACCGAAGCAACGCUGAAGCUCGCCGUCGUUCCUGAGGAGUUCUCUGUGGCUGUCGUGACUUUCCCCUCGAUUCGAGACGCCGCGUCGGCUGCCGCCGAGGUGAUGCAGACCGGCAUCCCAGUGGCCGCCAUGGAGAUCAUGGAUGAAGUCCAGAUGAAGGUCGUCAACAUGGGAGGGGCAACAGCACCCCGGGUUUGGAAGGAGAUGCCGACUCUCUUCUUCAAAUUUUCCGGGACCAAGGCCAGUGUGAAGGAGAACAUCGGGUUGGUGCAGAAGAUUACCAAGGCCAACAAGGGAAGCAACUUUGAGUUUGCAAAGGAUGCGAGGGAGCAGAAGCUUCUAUGGUCUGCCCGGAAAGAGUCCCUGUGGUCCAUGCUGGCGUUGCGGAAAGAGGGAGAAGAAGUUUGGAGUACCGAUGUUGCGGUACCGUUCAGCCGGCUUGCCGACAUUAUCGAGGUCAGCAAGAAGGAGAUGGACGACUUGGGCCUGUUUGCCAGCAUCCUCGGCCAUAUUGGAGACGGCAACUUUCACGAGAGCAUCAUCUACAACCGAAGGGACCCGGCUGAGAGGGACAAGGUUGAGGCAUGUGUGAAGAAUAUGGUCAAGAGGGCUCUGGAGAUGGAAGGCACCUGCACGGGGGAGCAUUCCAUCGGUUGGGGCAAAAAGGAAUCGCUUGUCUGGGAGGUGGGACACGACACGCUGGGUGUCAUGGUUCGUCUGCCAGAGACUCGCUCACUCACAUAUUAUGUCACAUGGCUAACACAGUUACAGAAAGCCAUCAAAGCCGCGCUCGAUCCCCACUGGAUAAUGUCAGUUUCACCCGCUUGAGCCUAUUUGCUAGGGCAU